UAUGUCGCGAACCUUACUUAUUACGCACGUUUUUAUAUGCAUAAUUUUUAUCAAUAAAAUUGUUGUUUCUGAGGGCUAUUUUCAUUCGGAACGUAGAUCGGAAACGCAUAGGAGGCAUAAAACAUCAUCAAGAUUAACAAGUAAGGAGAUUGCCAAUGGCGAAGCUUGUGUGAUACCACCUGAUCCUCCAAUCAAUGGCUAUAUCAACUGUGUAUCAAGCAGUAAUUGUCUUGCAAAUUGUAAUGAGCUGUAUCGAUUUCCAAAUGGAGAAGAGCAGCUCGCGAUAGAAUGUCAUAAUGAUUUGUGGCGAGUUUUGGGCGCUGAUUACGAUUCUAUUCCACACUGCGAACCCGUUUGUCUGCCCGAAUGUCAAAACAAUGGGAUUUGCGUCGGGCCCAAUCAAUGCAAUUGCCCGGAAAACUUUUCCGGACCCCAGUGCCAAUUCGAAAACAAACCCUGUUUGAAUUUACCACCGCUAAUUGCCAAUGCUCAAAGAAAGUGCACCUCGAAAGCAUGUACGAUAAGCUGCCUGAACCAUUUCGUAUUUCCCGACGGCUCGUCGGUCGCCAAUCUACUAUGCAAACACGGAAAUUGGGAGCCAACGAGAAACGACUGGGUUUCCAUUCCCAACUGCCAACCCGUCUGCGAUCCGCCUUGUCAAAAUCAGGGGAUCUGCCUAUCUCUCGACACCUGCCAGUGCCCCCAAGAAUUUCGCGGACCGCAGUGCCAAUAUCGUGAGGAGGCGUGCGGGGACGCGAAGCUGGGCUUCAACGGCGCCUACCACUGCGGCAGCCUCGACGAGCAUUCGUACGGUUGCGAGCUGAGCUGCCCGGCGGGUCUGAGCUUCGAGUUCACCCCGGCACCGAGAUACGUGUGUCGAUACGAGUUUGGAGUGUACGAGCCCCAGCCGGUGCCGCGCUGUCUCGACUCAUACGGCAACGACCAGGGCGCUUACGAGCGCGUCUCCAAUUACACCUGGAGCAUGCAGGCCAGCAGUGGCUACGAGACGUCAAAGUUAAACUCCCUACUGGUGGGCGGAUACUCGGGCAGCUACGCCGAUGCCAGCGCUAGUAGCAGUGGCGAUGGAAGUAGCAGUGCGAGCAGGAGCAGUAAUUACGGCGGUGGUGGAGCUGCAUGGGGGAGCAGUAGCAGUAGCAGUAGCAGUGAUGGUGCUGGAUGGAAUGGCCUUGGUAAUGGCAUCAACGAUGCCGCAUGGGGCGAAAGUAACAGUGGCGGUGGCAGUGGCUUCGAGUCAUAUACGAAGAACCAUAAUGAUGCCGGAGACGUGGAGAUGGUCGACACACUUAUCGUUAACAACGAGAACGUCGUUCGGCACGAGCUUGACAGCAAUGUCGAGUGGAAACCCGAGCCGGGCUCCUGCUUCACCUGGGCCGGCACUCACUACAAGACCUUCGAUGGCCUGAUUUACAGCUUCGAGAGUGUCUGCGCAUAUACGCUGCUGAAGGAGACGCGCGAUGGACUAUUUACGGUGAGCGUGCAAAACGACCCGGGUUGCAAGGGCGGCAACUACUCCGGCGGCUCCUCCCAUUGUCCGCGCCACGUCUGCAUCUACAUCCAGGGUAAGGAGUAUACGCUGUCGGUGGGCGAGACCGGACUGCCCGAGUUCCGUAGUGGGGGCAAGAAGCUCUCGGUACCGACGCAACUGGCGCACCUGCGCGUGGAGCCGAUCGCGGGUGGACAGUCCCUCGUCGCUCACCUCGACCUCGUCGGCCUGACAAUCAGAUGGGACGGGGCGACGAUGCUUCAGCUCGAGGUUGCCGAGUCGCUCUGGAAUAGAACCGCCGGUCUCUGCGGUACGCUCAACGGCCACCGCGACGACGACCUGGGGCCGACGAUGAAAGUUAAACAUCUGGCCAACGAAUGGAAGAUCAAUGACAUCGGAGAAAAGUGCGAGGAGCGGCCAAAUUACGAGCACGCCUGCGCAUCGAACGACGAGAAAAAUCAAGGGGCGAAAGAAUUUUGCUCGAAACUGUUAUCUGACUCGAGGUACAAAAGUUGCGACAAACACAUCGAUCCCGCGGAAUUCGAGGCCACUUGUCAAUGGGACUACUGCUUCUGUGGAGAUGGCGAGCGAGAGAAAUGUGCGUGCGAAACGAUGGCCGUUUACGUGCGCCAGUGUGCCCACAAAGGAAUCGUUUCCGCAUCCGGAUGGCGAGAUACCAAUGUUUGCCCAUUGGAGUGCAGUGACGGCAAGAUUUACAUGAACUGCGGUCCGAAGAUCCAGCCGUCCUGCGGCUCCGACCACGCGGACCAUGAGCAGGUAGACGUCGCAGACGCCACAGACUGCGAGGAGGGCUGUUUCUGCCCGGCCGGGACUGUCCUCCACGAAGGUCGUUGCGCCGUUCCCGAGGAGUGUCCCUGCCGACUACGCGGCAAGUCCUUCGCCCCGGGUUCGAGUGUACCCAAGGACUGCAAUACGUGUGUGUGCACGUCCGGACGCUGGAUAUGCAGCGAGGCUAAGUGCGCCGCGAGAUGCUCGGCCGUCGGCGAUCCUCACUACACGACCUUCGACGGCAAGAGAUACGACUUCAUGGGCAAGUGCACGUACUACCUCGUUAAGGGCGAGGACUACUGCAUCGAAGCCGAGAACGCCGUCUGCACCAGUGCCAUUUCACAGAUAAUGGGUUUCACUCCGACGUUCCAAGAUGGCGAUCCUUCGUGCACCAAGGAAGUGACUAUUCGUUUGAACGACACGGCUAUAAAGUUAAAGCAGAAUCGGCAAAUUUUUGUCAACGGGGAGGAUGUAACGAAGCUGCCGAGCCUCGUAGGUGGCGCGAGUAUUCGCAUCGCCAGUAGUAUUUUUAUUCGCGUCGAGCUACCCAACGGCCUAGAAAUCCUGUGGGACGGGGUCUCUCGAGUGUACAUCAAUGCACCAGCUGACUUCCGAGGGAAUACAAAGGGCUUGUGCGGAACAUUCACAUCAAAUCAAAAAGAUGAUUUCUUAACGCCAGACGGAGACGUAGAGCAAACCGUGCCAGCCUUUGCCAACAAAUGGAAAACAAAGGAGCAGUGCGACGACGUGAAAAAAGAAUCCGAUCAUCCAUGCGACUUGAAUCCCCAGAAACGAGCCGCUGCUGAGAAUUAUUGUUCUGCUUUAAAAAAAAAAUUGUUCCUAGAUUGUCACUGGCACGUCGAUCCUGAGCCCUUCUACAAGGAUUGCCUCUACGAUAUGUGCGCGUGCGAGGCAAACGUCGAAAGGUGUCUAUGUCCGACGCUGUCCGCCUACGCCAAGGAAUGCGCGACCCUCGGUGUGGUAAUUCCAUGGCGCAAUGAGAUCGUCGAGUGCCGCAUCCACUGCCCCGGUGAUCAGGAAUAUCAGAUGUGCGGCAACAGCUGCACCAGAUCCUGUGCUGAUAUAACUUUCCAUCGCAAAUGCAACGAGGAAUGUGUAGAGGGCUGUAAUUGUCCCAAAGGAUAUACUCUGGAUGCCAAUGGUGAAUGUAUUCUCAUUGGCCAGUGUCCUUGUGUCCACGCCGGGUUAGAGUUUUUAUCCGGUUACAGAGAAGUAAGACCAGGAACCAAGAGCCAAGAACUUUGCACUUGCGCAGGUGGCAUAUGGAACUGCCAUGCAGCAACAACCGAGGACAUUCGGAAGUAUCCUCCGAUAGACCAGCUGAAGAGUACGUGUAGCGCGAUAAAGCACCAAGAGGUGACGACUUGCGAGCCCGUGGAGCCACGCACCUGCCGGAACAUGCGUCGGACCUUGGAACAGAGUCCGGCGAUCUGUCGCCCCGGAUGCGUGUGCAAGCCCGGCUACGUCCUCGACGCCUCGAGCGGCGAGUGCGUCCAAGAGUCCCAGUGCCCUUGCUACCAUGGUGGUAGGAGUUUCAGCGAAGGUGCUCUCAUGCAGGAGGACUGCAACAGCUGUCGAUGCAGCGCCGGCAAAUGGAACUGUACCGAUAUCACGUGUCCGGGCAUAUGUUCCGUCUGGGGAGAUUCGCACUUUAAGACGUUCGACGACCGAUCUUUCGACUUCCAAGGCACCUGUGACUACGUCCUCGCAAAAGGGAAACUAAGCGACGACGAGUGUUUUGAGGUGUCUAUUCGUAAUGUCGCCUGUGGCACGACAGGAGUUACUUGCUCGAAAUCGCUGACUUUGAUCAUUGGACAAACUAACGCAGCUAAUCAGGAAAGCAUAACCCUGACGCGCGGCAAACCCUUGACCGCCGAAACUUUCAAAGGUCUUGAGAGGAUAGUUCUGAGGCGCGCGGGCCUGUUUGCAUUCCUGGACGUGCCGGACCUUGGCCUGGUCGUGCAGUGGGACGAGGGUACGCGCGUGUACUUGCGCCUCGAUCCGCACUGGAAGGGUCGCACGCGCGGUCUCUGUGGCGACUUCAACGACAAUGCCGCUGACGACUUCAAAACGCCCGCGGGUGGCGUCUCCGAGGCCUCGGCCAAGCUCUUCGGUGACUCCUGGAAGUUGAACGAGUUGUGCGCCGAGCCAGCGGACGCCCCUGCCGACACCUGCGCCCUUCGCCCGGAACGCAAACUCUGGGCCACCCAGCGCUGUCACGUCCUCAAGUCUACGUUGUUCGAGCCCUGUCACCUCGAACUCGCCCCCGACGACUACAUCGAGAGAUGCAUCUACGACACCUGCGGCUGCGACGAUGGCGGAGACUGCGAAUGUCUCUGCACCGCCAUCGCCGCCUACGCCCACGAAUGCAACGCACGCGGUGUGCCCAUUCAGUGGCGUAGUCAGAAGCUUUGCCCGAUGCAAUGCGACCAGUCCUGCUCAUCGUACUCGCCCUGCCUCUCGACUUGCCCAAGAGAAACUUGCGAAAACCUGGCCACUCGCGAGGAUUCGUUGCACUUUUGCAAGCAGGACACGUGCAUCGAGGGCUGCCUGCCCGAGUCCUGCCCCGACGGCCAAGUCUACCGAAAUGGCUCCUACGGAGAGUGUUUGCCCCGGCUCCAGUGCAAGACACCCUGUGCCACCAUCGACGGGGUCGACUUCUUCGAGGGCGACAGAGUGAAGGGAGACGAUUGCCACUCAUGCUUCUGCAGCAGGGCCAAGCUCGUCUGUAACGGAGAACCUUGCGCCCCCGUUACCAUAACCACGACUCCCAGUAUCGUUUCCAUAACGGAUACUCUCGAGAUGAACGAACAAACGAAGAAAUGUACGAGUGGCUGGACAAAAUGGUUAAAUAGGAACAUACCAAAAGAUCAAGGAAUUCGUAGUGAAAUCGAAGAAUUGCCCACUAUCAUUGAAAUGUUGAACGACGAAGGAUCGCCGGCAUGCCAGAAAGACAAAAUGGCUGACAUCAAAUGCCAAACUACUCAUACGAAGAUAUCGUAUAAGGAGGUUGGGCUGAACGUGGAGUGCAGCGUAAGUAACGGCUUGAUGUGUGAGCCAUCGAUCGAGCUGAAUCAGACGUGUCCUGAUUUUGAGAUCAGUGUCCUUUGCCAAUGCGAGGAGGAGCCAGUGACAACGGGACCGAUCGACCUGUGCAAGCUUAACGAGCCCUACCGGAUCGAGCCAACCAACUGCCAGGAGUUCCUCCAGUGCGGCCCGGGUCUCAAUGGCAACGAGUGGGUGAGAAAGACCUGCGGACCCGACAUGAUGUUCAAUGUGAAGCUACAAGUCUGCGACUGGCCGGCCAAUGUCCUUGUUUCAAGACCCGAAUGUCAGGGCACUGAGAUAAACACGAGCAUUGUGAAUAAUACGCAAGACGUUCGCAAUGAAGAUGAUCGGAAAGUCACGUGCGAACCGGGCGAAUACUGGAAGGAAUGCGCGAUCGAGUGCAACCGCACCUGCCAGUACUACAACUACAUUUUAACGAGAGACGGCGUCUGCAACAAAGGUGUUGGCUGCAUCCCAGGAUGUGUUCCGUACACGCGAGUCGAGUGCCAAUCAAGCAACUACUACUGGCGAGAUCGAUUAACCUGCGUCGAUCGCUCGCACUGCCUCUGUAAAUCCGAGGAAGGGGCUCCCCUCUCGCCCGGAGCUACGAUCAAAGUAUCCAAAUGUAUGACCUGCCAAUGUAUCAACAAUUACUACAGUUGCGAUAAUAGUAAUUGCAAGGAUGACCUGCCGGGAAGCGAUGAAUUUCACCAAAAUACUACUAUUACGACCAAUAUUACUCGCACACACAGUUCAGUGAAAACUAUCAUAAUCCCAUACGAUCUGACGCCACCCCCGAAAUGCAACGAGGAAAGCUACAUUUGGCUCAUUGAGAGCUUCCCCGUAGAGGUGACAUUUGCAGCGAGUAGUUUUGCCGCGCCCGCAUUUAGUCCUGAUGCGGCGAAGCUUCAGCGCUUGGAGUCAUCUGGUAGCUGGAGACCUGCCGUCAACGACGAUCAACAAUGGAUCGAAGUGAGUUUUAUCAGUCCGAAGCCCAUUUACGGCGUCAUCAUUAAGGGCGACGUGGCCGAGGGCAUGUUCGUAACAAGCUAUAAGAUAUUGUUUUCCGAGGAUGACCAAUUGUUCUCAUAUCUUAACGAACCAGCCCCGGGUCAUAAUCCCAUUCCGAAGAUAUUUAGAGGACCAAUUGAUAGUUCGACACCGGUUAGCCAGAUCUUUCACCAACCCGUAGAGGCCAAAGUCUUAAGAAUCAAUCCUUUGACAUGGCACAAAGGCAUAGCUAUGCAAAUCGAGCUCGUAGGAUGUGGCGAUAAAAAGAACAUAACGAUACCGUGGACAACGACGGCCAUACCAUGGAUAACGACAACGUCAUCGAGAGCAAUGACAACCCCGACAACACCUGCACUGGUUUUUGCAUCAUCGGAAUCACCGAUAACACAUUCAGAGAUUUUCACGUCGCCGGUAACACCCAUUAUACAUUCUGAGAUUUUCACGUCGUCGGAGGAACCAACAAUACCUGUGCAAAUUUUCACAUCGUCAAAGACACCAAUAACGCCUGUAGAAAUUUUCACAUCGACGACACCGCGCCCUAUAACACCUGCGCCCAUUAUCACAACAACUAUAAUUACCGAAAUAUUUAUCGAGCCAGUUUGCAAAGAUAAAAUGGGCUAUGACGAUCAGAUGAUGUCGGACCAACAAGUGUCAGUAUCGUCGUCGGUUCAGAACAAAAUUCCAAAUCUUCGACUUUCGUCGAUCGAAAUCUGGCGUCCGCAAUUAGAUAGUCCUGAUCAAUAUGUUCAAUUUGACUUUUUAACACCUCGAAAUAUCACCGGCGUCGAAACUAAGGGCGGGAAUGGCAUUUGGACAACAGCUUAUAAAGUCCAAUAUAGCACGGAUGGCAAAAAGUGGAACCCUAUGAUCGACGUUACAGGAGCUGAAAAAGAAUACCUUGGCAAUGUCGACGAUUACAGCAGCAAAGUGAAUUACUUCAAAAGACCACUGCGAGCACGAUUAUUGAAAAUUUUCCCGACAAAGUGGCAUCGACACAUUGGAUUGAAAGUGGAAAUUAUCGGCUGCUUCGAACCUUAUCCAAAAGAGGAAAUUAUUGAGCCGCAACCUAGUCCUCCUCCUCUUCCUCUUCCUACUCCUCCUCCUCCUUCGCUACAGUCGGACUGCAAUGUUUGUAACGGCGUUAUGGCUGACGAGGCGCAAAAUUGCAAAUGCGACCAAUCAUUAUGGUGGGAUGGAAGAUUCUGCAUCACCAAACAAGAGUGUCCCUGUAUCGUCGGACAUGUACCGUACCCGGUUGGCUCGAGCUACGAGACGACGGACUGCCAGCACUGCCUUUGCGCCUUGGGCGGUAACUCCGUCUGCCAGCCAAAGAUCUGUCCUCCUUGCCCCGAGUCCGGCUCCCGGUCGGUCCUCAACGAGCUCUGCAACUGCGUCUGCAAGCCCUGCCCGAACGGUCAGCUGCUUUGCCCGACAAGCGACGACUGCAUCGACGAGGCCAGAUGGUGCGACGGCGUCCAGGACUGCCCCGACGACGAGACCGGCUGCCGCAAGAUUACCAACACCACCAUUGAGAAGCACAUAACUAUUAGUAUAAAAUGUCAGACAGCUUGCCCGCCCGGCUUCGUCACGGCAAGCGAAUCCGAUCAAAGCUCUGAUUUAACCAACUCUUAUUCAAACUUUAGUUACACCAUGCAAAAUACCGAAUCUAUAAAAUACACGAAAAACAUUUAUAGAGAAAAGCUGAACAGCGGCUUUGGAGUAAUUACUUAUUUUUCGCAUUUUAGAUCGAAAUUACCACCGCCUUCGAUCGAGAGUCGUUUCGGUGAAACAGAUGUUAAUGAUAUGCUUUGUCCUAAACUUUUGUGCAAACCACUCGAUAGAGAACAAGGGGACGAGGAAUGUCAGCAAAUUAAAUGCCCUGAGGGCUUUCAACCUAUGUAUGAUCAAUCGAGGAGUUAUCGGAAAACAAGUGGCUGUGACAAUACUUGCGUGCCAAUUCCAGCCAAAGAAAGAGUUUGCAAGAACGUUGGAAGAACAUUCGCUACUUUCGAUAAUCUCAAGUACAAAUAUGAUAUUUGUAAUCAUAUUUUAGCAAGGGAUCGAGAUGCCAAUCGAUGGUACAUUGUCAUGGAAAAAGUCUGUAAAGAUGAUAGCGAGUCGUGCACGACAAAUUUAUUGAUCAGCAUAGACGACCACAUUGUUAUACUACACACGGACAUGUGCGUCGAAGUGGAUGGUAAUAGGUAUAGUUCGAGUGAAGUAAAGCGCCUAAGCGAUACGAGUAACUGGAUGAAGUUAUCGCGCGUGGGAGAGGCGCUUCGUUUCGAGUCGCGGCUUUAUCCUUUCUGGGUAUUACUGGACUCGUUCGAUUGUUUAAAAAUUAGCGUCUCCGAAGAAUUGGCUCAACACGUCGAUGGCUUGUGCGGAUACCUUGAUGGUAAUGUAGAAAAUGAUCAACAAAUGCCUAAUGGAAGAUUAGCUAAGAGUACACAAGAAUUCGGGGAUAGUUGGAAGCUUCUCGACAGUCCCGAGUGUAAGCUGGAGGUGUGCCCGCGCGAGUCUCAGGCGGUGGCUUGGAGGACGUGCGUUUUGGUGAGGGAAGCGAGCUUCGGGGCUUGUGACAAAGUCAUCGACCGGGAAAAGUUCAUAUCGAGCUGCUUGGAGAGCACUUGUGCCUGCUUAAAUGCCGGAAGCCGGUGUAAGGCCCUCGCAUCGUUCGUCUCGGAGUGUUUGGCUGCUGACGGAAGCAUCGACUUGUCCAGCUGGAGGUCCGCUUACGAGUGCCCGGCCGUCUGCGAGGCUCCGCUGGUGCGCAAGGACUGCUUCAGGAAUAAAUGCGAGAUGAGCUGCGAAAACUUGCGGGAAGUUGAGCCGUGCCCGGCGACCGAAGGUCUCUGUGUGCCCGGAUGCUUCUGCCCGGACGGUCUCGUACGAAACGGCGAGGACUGCGUGCCGCCCACAGAGUGUCGGGACUGUGUGUGCGAUGGCUUUGGCAACUCCAGGCACGUCACCUUCGACAAGAGCGACGUGCUUUUCAACGGCAAUUGUACGUACGUCCUGUCAAGGCACGUUGUACCGGUGACCGAAGGAGCAGCCGGCAAAUAUUCUUACGAGAAAUUAUUGACUGUUUCGCAGACUUUAAUAGAAUUUGGGAUACAUUUACAGAUUCUAGUCAGUAAUGGUGUUUGCGAUGAAGGUAUUUGUACCGAGGCAAUCAUUAUAUUAUACCAAGAGCAUAUUGUCGAAAUAAGAAAAGAAAGGCAAUCGAACGAGUUUAUUGCCAUCGUCGAUGAGCUUACAAUUAUCGCUUUCCCCUACAAAACUAUUUGGAUAAAUAUCGAAGUAACUCGAAAUAAUGAUAUUAAACUCGUUAUUCCCACAAUUCAAUUAGAACUUGUCAGUUAUAAGCACAAUUUUGCUUUUAUGCUUCGAUUGCCAUCUCACACGUUUGGCGGGUCUAUGGAGGGUAUUUGUGGCAAUUGCAAUGGCAUCCAAGACGAUGAUCUUAAGAAACAAGAUGGAGAGAUAACAAAGGACGUGGUGGAGUUCGGCAACAGUUGGCUCGCCAAAGAACUUCCCGCUGUAUUGAACCUCAACGACGAGCAUUGCACUAACACACCGAAGAAAAACUGUUCCGAAGGUCCCUUGACGGACAAUCACUGCGAGAGGCUCAUGAACGACGAGGUAUUUUCACGUUGUCACUGUAUCGUCGAUCCCGCUCCUUAUUACUUAGCUUGUAAGGACACUGUAUGCCAGAACGGUAACACCUGCAACGACUUUGAGUCCUACGCAAGAAUGUGCUCUCUUGGCGGUAUUUGCAUCGAUUGGCGUACCAAGGAGUUGUGCCCUUACGAAUGUUCACCGCAUUUGGAGUAUAAUGCGUGCAAGCUCGGCUGCCCCGAAAGUUGCGAGACUCUAGACAAGGAAAGCGCCACCAAGUGCACGGCCAGUGCCAUCGAAGGCUGCUUUUGCCCAUCGGACUUCUUCUAUCAUAAUGACACCUGCAUACCAAAACGCGAUUGCUUUAUUUGCGACGAGGAGGGCCAUGUCGAAGGUGACGUGUGGCAGAAAGACAAGUGCACGCACUGCUCGUGCGACAAGAGGGUCGUCAAGUGCCAGGAGACGAGUUGCCCCGCACUCGGCACCAUUUGCGAUGAGAAUUCAAAUGCAGUGUUAGUGCCUGGCACCGAGGACGAGUGCUGCCCGAAAUAUCUCUGUGUUUCGAAUCCAACGCCAUCGACAUCAGUUUGUAUUGAAACGCAGCAGCCCGAAUGUGGAUUUAGUCAAGUAUUAAAAGUUACAGUGGAUUCGAAUGGCUGUCAAAAGUUUAUGUGUCAAUGUAUACCCGAAGAACAAUGUCCAUUAUUAACAAAUGAAGUAAUGCAAGACGAAGCAACUUUAGAGCCAGGAUAUGUAUUGAUAACAAAUACAUCUGGUUGUUGUCCAAGAGCAACUAAAGUCUGCAAGCUGGAAACUUGUCCUCAAGCUCCAACAUGCCAGGAAUAUUAUAUUCCCAUCAUUAAAGCAAAUGUAAAUCUAUGCUGUCCUGAAGUUGUAUGCGAACCACCAACGGACCUGUGCCUUUACAAUAUGGAUUCAAAUAAUGAAUUAAAUUUCAUACCGAAUCAAGUUGCCAAACACGUGGGUGAGGUAUGGGAGGAUGGCAAAUGUAAAACGUGCACUUGUGAGCUCAGAGAUGGAAUAUUAAAUUCAAAUUGUUUAAAGAAGGAGUGCCUUAAUAUUUCCAAUCAUCCAGAUGCUUUUGAUUUCGUAUUGAACCAAGUUCAACUCGAUGAUCAAUGUUGUCCAAAUUUCGAGCGGAAGGCGUGCAAAUAUGCCGACCAGAUUUACGAGAUUGGAGAGAAAUGGUAUCCAAAUCCAAGCGAUAUGUGCGCGAUGAAGGAGUGUUCGAUAGAUGCGAACGGACUUGUGCAGAACAUGAUUGUUCAAGAAUGCGUGGAAACUUGUGAUUUUGGAUACGAGUAUCGAGCCUCUCUUAAUCGCAGUCUCGCAUGCUGUGGCGAAUGUGCGGCCCUAGGUUGCGUCGUCGACGGCAAUUUGAAAAUCGAUGGGGAAAUUUGGUAUUCCAAUGACUAUUGCUCUAAGGCAUCGUGUACAUCUUACAACGGAUCGUUCCAAAUACAAGUUGCGAUAGAAAAUUGCGGCGAUGUGGAUCCAUCGGAAAAAAAUAAUUACAAAAUAGAAACACAGAAGGUUCACGGCGAGUGCUGCCCUAACUUUAUUAGGACAGCGUGCUUUAGCAAUGGCAAGUAUUAUGAAAUUGGAGAAACUUGGAAAUCCCUGAACGACAAUUGUAUCUUCGAAUCUUGCAUACAAUCUGAUGAUGGUAAAAUUGUAAAACACAUGGAAACCAAGACUUGUAAUACAAAUUGCCCAAAGGGAUGGAUAUAUCAAGAACCAAAUUAUGGAAACUGUUGUGGAGAAUGUAAGCAAACUUAUUGUGUUAGUGACGAUCUUUUGUUCGAACCCGGCAAGAUUUGGUACUCCAAUGAUAAUUGCACUACUUAUUCGUGCAUUGAACAGAAAGAUCAGCUACUUAUAAGUACGAGUUCACCAGUUUGUCCAGAGCUAAACUGUUUACCAGAUUUAAUGUAUUUUGAUGGUUGUUGUAAGAAGUGCAAUAUUACAUCUGAUAAUAAACUUGUCGAACUUUAUAUUAUAGAGCCAUGUGCUGCAGAAGCUAUUGAUUUCGAGAAAACUAUUGGAAUAUUGAUGGAAAACGAAGGUAUUCAUGGUACAUGUAAGAACUUUGAACCUAUUAAAAAUCUAACGGAAUGUCAUGGACAUUGUAAUUCAUCAACAUACUUUAAUACCGAAAACUGGAAUCAAGUGGUUAAUUGUAAAUGCUGUAAACCAUUGAAUAAUAUGGAGAUUACCGUGGAGUUAAUAUGCGAAGAUGGAGAAAAAAUCAAAAAAUCCCUUACAGUACCUGUAAAAUGUUCUUGUGAAAGUUGUUCCUCGGAUAACUAAGUUAACUGGAAUUUUCAUUAUAUUAAAUUUUCUA